UCAGUGUGUCUUUGAUGCUGGUGUUGUGUAGUGGUGUUAAUGCUUCUCCCAGGGUGUAUGUGAAGUGUACCGCUUGUGUUAUUUGAUCAGAUAUACAGUGAAGUGGUGGUGCUUGCCUCGCAUUCAUAAUCAAGUCGUGUGAAAAGAGAAUCGAACUCAGUGGAUAUUUCCCCGUUCAUCAUCGCGUCAUUUGGCUUGGACAUGAGUCGACGCAGGCGUCCGUGAUGGUGGGAGUGCCUGGCGGUGUAUCUGGUGGAGGCGUGGGCGUGGGAGUGGGUGUGGCUGGUGAUGCUGUUGGUGGAGGAGAGGGAGAGGACCUGAGACGUGCAGCUGCCCAGGGAGACACCAAGAAGCUACUGCACCUUCUGGAGGAGGGAGCCUCCAUCAACCUAAGUGAUGAGUGCGGCCGCACCGCUCUCCACUGGUCGUGUUCCCGGCGCCAGCCUGACUCCGUGGCAGCUCUGCUCCUCAACGGUGCCAAGGUCAACCUCCCAGAUAGUUGUGGGUAUACUGCGCUGCAGCGGGCCGCCUGCGAGGGUCACAUCGAAAUUGUCCGUCAGCUCAUUAAACACAACGCUAACGUCGACCAUCAGGAUGACCAGCACGGGAACACUGCACUGCACGAGGCAGCCUGGAAGGGCUACAGUCACACUGCCGAGGCGCUGGUCAGGGCCAAGGCUAACGUCUACAUCAAGAACAAGGGAGGGUUUGCCCCCACUCCACCUGGCCUGCCAGAACGGUCACAACCAGACCUGCAGGGUCCCCCCUCCUGGCAGGCUUAUGGUGACACUCCCCUACCACCGUCACGCUAUGGCCACGUGGUGUCACCCGCAUACUACUCUCUGCCAGGAUACACUCGCGAGAUGAACAAGAAUGGAGACACGCCCCUGCAUAUUGCUGCCGCCAUGGCAGGAGGAAGCUCACCAGAUACUGCUGAAUGUUUGCCGACCCAGCACAUUAAGAACAAGCAAAAUGAGGCGCCUGGAGACAUCGCCAGGCGCAAGGAGUUCGGCCAGAUCCUGGAGAUCCUCAGGAAUCCGCCACCCGUGGUCUCUCCUGAGGAGCGACUCCGCAGAGAACAGGAGCAGAAGAAGAAGGAAGCGAAGGAGGCCAAGAACAAGGGCGCAUCGGGAAAGGGGACGGGAAAAGGAGACAAGAAGAGAGGGAAGACUAACGACAGUGGAACCUCGAGUAAGGACAGCAGCACCAGAGCCAAAGAGAAGAAGAAACACAAGUCUGAACACAAGGAGAAGAGACGAGGGAAGCAAGUACAGUGGUCACCCUACGGUUGUCAGUACUACCCACCAACCAACGUCCAGGAGCUCACUACCCCCAACAUCGACUCCCUUCCCAAGGACCCGCUCUCCAAGGGCGAGCAAUACUUCAUCGACCUCGCCGGCAACAUAAAAAAAGGUCCCGUGGGAGUGGGCUACACUUGCUACUGCGCCCCCUUCUUCAAGAAUGUAGAGGAUAAGCUGGAGAAGGACAAGGUGGCCCUCAUGGACCACAUCGACGCUGCCCACGACAAACUCGACGCUAAGAUCACCAAUCUGGAGCACCGCACCAAGUCUCAUAUCCAACACCUGAGCGACAAUGUCAAGCAGAAGCUAGCGGAUGAGAAAGAGGAGUGUCGACAGCGUGCAGAAAGAACCAAGACUACGCGAGAGUUGCAAGCUGAGAUGAGAAUCUCCCAGCUGCAGCAGUGGGUGGAGAGACGCCUAGCAGCACGAGAUACUAACCCACCACACCCACACAACCCCAAGACCUGCGUCUUCAGGAGAGCCAGGGACCCGCUCACUGGCUUGUUCCCUCUCACCAGAUCUCGGUCAGAGGAAGCUGUGUCAGAGUAUCGAGAAGAGGGAGAAAGCGAUCGUGACUCUGUUUACAAGGGCUUGAGAGUACUCGAUCAUCCAACUUCCAUGUACAACAUUCCACAAAGCAUUCACGAUGAAGCUGACGUAGUCAUAUAUGAUUCCCCAAAACCUAUGCCUUCUCUCGUGCCCGGGGUCCUCCGCUGCCCCUCACCUACUGACCACCCCUCCAGGAGUCUCUCCACUGGUAGUCGAGGCUACACUCACACCAGAGGGGCAGGGAGCCGUAGUCAUUCGCUAGACGCUCGUCAGGUCUUACGUCAGUCACGAAGCACACUAAAUGAACAGACUUCAUCGGAAAGACCUCGAGGUCAGAGUCCUGUUAGAAUGUCACACAGUAAAGACAUGUUAAAUGACUCAGCAAGCAGUGACGUCUCAGCUGGCCGACGAGGAAGCAGAAGUAGUCGAGGAAUAAAUGGAUCUUCAGUUCAGAGCUCCCCAAUGGCCGCGAAUAUGAACCGAUUUUCCCCUGGCAACCCAUCACCCCUUCUGCGUCGCUCCAACAUACCUUCACAAGCUGACGCACCCACUGCUGCUCAUGCCAGACCUUCUCCUCUACAUCACACAGACCUCAACCAGGCAGUUGACAACCUUAGAGUCUCUCAAUCUCAAGCUGAAAAUGGCGCCAUACCAAAGACAUACGGACGUUCUGAAGACACACGUCAUGAUGGAAACAAGGACGAAAGCGAGGUCCACCAGCCACAAGGCUGGAGUGGGUACAGCCGCUACGAUUACCGCAACACUAAUCCUUAUAUGCACGGUGACCUGCGUGGACGUAAUCCGCUAGUUCAACCUCCACACAUAGCCACUGCCCCAGCAGAACCCAAGGUAACUAAAGCGGGAUAUGAGACUUACUCACAAUACCAAAAAUACCCCUCUGCUCCAGAAGGUCAGACUGCAGAGACAUACCAUGCCAACCUAGCACAACCACAAGAGGACUUUGACGCUACAACCUACCUAGACAUGGACAGAUACAGGAUCCAGCAGGCAGUGAGACGGCUCUACGAUGGCUACCUGGCAGAGGGCCACCUGGAGGCUGUCAGAGGAGUAGGAAGAAACAACCUGGAGUCUUCCAUUGAGCAUGAUUCCCACAACGACUCUGGAUAUUCCACCAGACUUUGCACAGGCUCCCAGGGUCCCUCGCCCGCACUCUCAGGCGCGCAGGAAAUGCCGUCAGAAAGCGAGCUGAAACAUCCUGCAGCGGCUGCUUCAGAACCCAGCAGACACCUCUCCUACACCGGAGCUCAGAAGCACGACUCCAGCAGACAGCCAGGGAGGGAGCCGACCUACCCUGGAGCUCCUGGGACACGGUACUCCAACGGUCUGGUUCCACCAGGACCCCAGCACACCACCACCCCAACCAGGUUCUCCACUCCUCAUCUGGGCAGCGACACAGUCAUCAUUGGAGAAUCCUCUCUCGUCUGACUCCUCUGAUACUUCUCCAAUUAA